CACAUGUGUUCUUAUUUAGGUUUCAGAGUAAUUUUAAAUCUAAAGUAAAUAAUAAACUCAAGAGUAAUAUUUACACUAAUCAGAGUUAAAAAAAUAAGUUGAACAACACUACAGUGUUACAAUUUUUGACUCUAUUUAGUGUCCAUUUAACUAUAAAUUUAACACUGGAAAGAGUAAAUUUAACACCAGACAACACUCUACAGUGUUACAAUUUUCGACUCUAUUUAGUGUUCAUUUAACUCUAUAAAUGUAACACUAUGGAAAGAGUAAAUUUAACACCAGCUCAGGUUAGGACCAUAUAGACUCGGGUAUAGUGUUAAAUUGAACUCUUUAAGUGUUGAUUUGACACUAUGGAAUUUACUGUGUAGGCACACAAACACAGUCAAUAAAUGUUACUCGCUUGUGUGAUUUAUUAACGAGAACCAGAGAUAAAUCCAUAGUUUCCAAGCCAACGCAUCAAUACGAGGAGCUAUUGGUUGUCCUACAAGUCACCGUAUAGGUGCCCUUAUGAUGACAUCAUAUUGAGACAUUUGCAUGUAGUUCUAACAAAUUAUAAGACAUUAGAUAACAUAAAAACAUAAGUACUUGUGAGGGAAACAGAAAUGUGUUUAAAAAACUACUUCGAAUAUACUAUAUUUGGAUGUACACAUUUUUUUUGUCAUUGUGGUCAAAUGUAAGUGAAAUGUACGGACAUUUUCAAGGCCAUUUGAGUCAGUUUUGCCCAGAAGUGUCACGGCGCGGAUUCGAACCCAUGUCUCUCAUAAUUCUGAGUGUCACAAAUCCUCCUCUGGCUUCUCGCUCGAACACGCCCCCGCUCACGCUGGACGCAGAACGCCCACGCAGCGACAAGGCUGCAUGCAAUCACUCAUCAGCACACCUGGGCUUGACGAGAGGGAGUGGCAUAAAGAGACAGCGAAGCCAGCAAAAGGGAUUCAAACCGGAUUGAUAAACUGAUCCGGAAAGCCGGCCAAACUAUUGGCACGCAGUUGGAGGUGUUUGUGUCUGUGAGGGACAGGAGGACACUGGACAAACUGCUCGCCAUCACGGACAAUCCUGCCCAUCCAAUCCACCUGACAAUUAAGGGACAGCGGCGCUCAUACUCCAACAGGCUCCUUCAACUUCCUUCCCGCACUGUGCGAUUCAAGAACUCCUUCAUUCCGAUUGUUUUUAAAGGGCUUUAUAAAUAAAGUUGGUAUGGUAUGGUACUCCAUCCAGCUGUAUAAUCACUCGCCAUACAGCAAUAGAUGACAUCUGCCUAUUAUCUGACACCUGACAUGUUAGCUACUUCUCUUUGUUUAUAAUGUCUAUCUUCUAUUUCCUGCUGGACCUACUCUCUAUUUUAUGCUGCUGCUGUUGUAUAUACUGUAAUAUUGUACAUGGUCAUUGGUAUAUAUUGUAUAUAUGUUAUAGACAUAAUAUAAUAUAUCUGUAUAUAAAUUAUUCUGUACACAUAUUAUGUAUAUAUUCGUAUAUAUGUUAGAUUUUUUUAUAGCUUUUUUAGUCUAUUUAUACCUGCAUUGUCCUUUCCAUCCUUACACUUUCCAUCAUUGUAACUGAGCUACUGUGUUGAACAAUUUCCCUUGUGGAUCAUUAAAGUUUGUCUAAGUCUAAGUCUAAGGAGACCUUCGCCAGAACGUAGUCAGUCUCACCUGAGUAAGCAUCACGUCUGGCACCUCUCCCUCGUUCCUUGCUCACCUUCUUUGUGCUCUUCCUCGUUCCUGUCUUGAUGUCCUUUGUGUCUUCCGCGAUCGUGUCUUGCCUCACAACCUCCUUGCCUUCCCCGAUCCUUGACCACUGUUUGGACCCUGACAUCGUUGCCUCUCUCCAGCCCCCGACUGCUUGCCUUCCUGCUGACUACCCCUUCGCCUCCCCCUUUGGAUUCGACGAAAGAUACAUCCAGCACGCACGACAACACCCUCUGCAGAUGUUCCCGCAAAUAAGCAUGAACUAUGGCUCUUCUGAGAAAAACGCGCUACUCAGAGCCUCCAUCCGCCGCAGACCUUCAGGUCACUGGAGGAAUCUUGGUAUAGCUAGACAGCCAGAGGUGGAUGACGUCAUCCCCGUUGUCGUCUGUGCGUCGGAGGAGCGCGUGGGCGCGACCAUGGCGACCAUCAACAGCGUUCGCAGCAACACGGACCAGCCUGUGUUCUUUUAUAUUGUCACCCUGCGGGAUGCCGUCACAUUGACCAGACGUUACAUAGAGGAAACGCAGCUGAAAGGCAUCAAAUAUAAGAUUUUGGAAUUUAAUCCCAUGGUUCUAAGAGGGAAGGUGAAAGCAGACUCAUCCAGACCAGAUCUGCUCCAUCCCCUUAAUUUUGUGCGCUUUUACCUACCGCUGCUUGGAAUUAACCAUAAGAGGGUGAUAUACUUAGAUGAUGAUGUCAUCGUGCAGGGUGACAUCAGGGAUCUGUUCAGGGUCAAAAUGAAGCCCGAACACGCCGCUGCUUUCGCCACUGACUGCGACCUCCCCUCCACUCAUGAGAUGGUGCGCAGUAUCGGCAUGCAGACAACCUAUAUGGGCUUCCUGGACUACAGAAAACAGGAAGUGAAAGACCUCGGCAUCAACCCGAAUGACUGCUCUUUCAACCCUGGUGUGUUUGUGGCCGAUUUAAGUGAGUGGAAAAAACAGAAGAUCACCAAGCACCUUGAGAAAUGGAUGGAGGCCAAUUUUAGGCUAAACAUCUACAGCAGCGCCAUGGCCGGAGGUGUGGCCACCCCACCCAUGUUGAUAGUUUUUCAUGACAAGUACACAAAGCUGGACCCACUGUGGAACGUCAGACAUCUUGGUUGGAGUCCAGAUGCUCGCUAUUCAGAGAGCUUCCUGCAGGAGGCGCACCUGCUGCACUGGAAUGGCCCAUUCAAACCGUGGAGGUACCCUGCUGUUCACAUGGCUAGUUGGGAGAAAUGGUUCAUCCCCGAUCCUUGUGGGGAGUUUUCUUUGAUAAGACCAGAGAGCGAUGAAUGAUAAAACUUGUGGAACCAGCGGGCCGCUUGUAACAGUGACUGUAUGAACAUAAAUGUAUAAUCACAUUGGAACCAAUUCGGUACCAAUUCCACAUACCUGGGAAUCGAUACCAGUACUCAAUGGUACCAAGGUGUUAAUAAAUGUAAUUUGUUUAUUAAUAAAAUCUUUAUUUAACUGACAAUGAUACAUAUAUAAUGCAUUUUAAUUUAGGCAAUGCAAGUAUGCAUUCAUUUCAGGUUUUCCUAGCCAGGAAGUAGUCUUUGCCAAUAAGUAGAAUUCGCCAGAGUUGUCUUUUGUUGAGCCCUACAAAGUGCUUGUACUGUGAGUAUUGUAUUUAUUACACAUGUGCAUCUUAGUUGUAGUUUUGAUGACCAAAUGUCCAAUGUAAAAUUGCUAAUGCUAAUCAGUAGUAUGUACUGUAUAUGGCAUAUCUAAUGAAUUAAUUAAGGGCCUGACCUCUGAGGGCUUUUUUAUCAGGCAACAAAAGUAUGGAACUAAGGCACUGUUACAUUCUAAGUAAAUCGGUACCUGGUGCUACUAAUCAAUCAAUCAAUCAAUCAAUGUUUAUUUAUAUAGCCCUAAAUCACAAGUGUCUCAAAUAAUUGAAUUUGGUUGGUACCUAUAAAAAUACAGAACUCUGUACUAAUCCCUCCUCAUAAUAACAUUACACAAUUGCCUAUGUAUUUGAUUAUUGUAUUUUUAUUUUUUUAUUUUUUUUUUUACAAACAAUUUGAUGGAUAACUUGCUUUCAAAUUCUAAGUCAAGCAGAUAUUUAAUUAUUUAUUUUUAUUCUAACAAAAAAAAUCAAGCUAGUGUAUCUGUUUACAUACAUUUAAUUUGUGUUGUAUUACAUUUAAUUUG